AGGAGAAUCAUAAAACACUAAAGAAAUAUAUCUGUAUAAAGCGAGAGGAACUUGCAGUACAUAGCAAUCAGAACUUGAUGUUGCUGACAGAGACAUCCUUCUUGUGCAGACUGAAGUUUAAUCGCCAUGGCCAAGCCUCCGUUUAUGAUGGGUCGUUACAAAUGGCUUGUUAAGGUGCUGUCAGUGGGUGCGGAGUGUAAGGGUGAGGACCCAAAUGCAGAACAAAAGAAGCCAACUUCAACAAAACAACAAAACACCACUGCUGAUAAUGAGGCGAAAAACAACAUUCCUAAGAAGCCACGCUUCUACAUUGAAGAACACAAGGUGUUUAAUGAUCCCAUCCAUGGUCACAUGGCAUUACAUCCAGUUCUUGUCAAGAUCAUAGACACGCCUGAGUUCCAGAGACUACGAAACAUCAAGCAACUUGGGGGGGAUUUAUUUUGUUUAUCCAGGAGCGUCCCACAACCGCUUUGAACACUCGAUUGGAGUGGCACAUUUAGCUGGUGAGCUUGCAAAAGCUCUGAAGAUGAAGCAGGAGAAGCAGAUCGAGCAGUUGGAGGAGUUGAAGAAGUUGAAGCUGCUGAUGGAGUUGACGCCGGAGGAGUUGAAGUUGAAGGAGUUGAAGCAUGAUGAUUUGGGGAUGUUGGAGAAGUUGGAGAAGUUGGAUGAUAAGGAGUUGGAGGAGUUGAAAAAUUUGAAGACUGAGGAAUAUGAGAAGUUAAACAAGUUUAAGAAGUUGAGGCCGGAGGAUGUGGAGAAGUUUGAGAAGUUGAGGGAGUUUAAGCCUAAUGAGUUGGAGAAGUUGAAGGAAUCACUCAUCAGUGACCGAGAUGUCCUCUGUGUGCAGAUUGCAGGUCUUUGUCAUGACCUAGGACACGGGCCCUAUUCUCAUUUUUAUGACGGGAUGUUUAUGGAAGCAAUCAGAGACAAAAAAGGCAAAGAAUUCAAUGGGAAGUGGGAGCAUGAGGAUGCCUCUGUUGAAAUGUUUAAUCACCUACUGGACAACACAGAUGGCCUGAAGGACAUGAUGAGGAAGUCUGGACUGAAAAUAGAAGGCGACGAUAAAACUGACCUGAAGUUCAUUGAGGAACUGAUCAGAGGACCUCCGAGGUGGCCGUAUAAAGGUCGAGAUGAGAAAAAAUCCUUUCUCUAUGAAAUUGUGUCAAACAAGGAAACCGGGAUUGAUGUUGACAAGUUUGACUACUUUGCCAGGGACUGCCACCACCUGGGCAUCCGGAACAACUUUGACCAUCAACGCUUCAUCAUGUUUGCCAGGGUAUGUGAUGUGAAUGGGCGGAAGCACAUUUGCUCUAGAGACAAGGAAGUGGCAAACCUGUAUGACAUGUUCCACACAAGGAACUCUCUCCACAGAAGAGCGUACCAGCACAGAGUAACCAAGAGUGUAGAAAUUAUGAUCAAAGACGCCCUCUUGAAAGCAGAUCAUCACAUCCUGACUAAAGGUUCAGGAGGGACAACGCUCUGUCUCUCCAAAGCUAAAACUGACAUGGAAGCCUACACAAAGCUGACAGAUCAAGUGAUUGAAAGAAUACUCCACCCUUGUUCUUGUUCAAAUGAAUUCACUCUCUCUCCUCUGGAGGAAGCAAGGAUGAUUCUGCAGAGGAUCAUGUCCCGAGACCUGUACCAGUUUGUGGGUGAAACCAAGCUCAAGAAAGAAGACCAAGAGGAAAUAAAAAAGAUGAAGGACAGGUUGGAAAAUGAACUGGUUAAAGUCAUUCGAAAGGACAACUUUGAAAUUACUGUUGUCACUUUGGACUAUGGGAUGAAAAACAAGGACCCCAUCAAUACCACAUAUUUCUACACUAAGGCUAACCCUACUGAAGCAUUCAAGAUUCCCAGAGAACAGGUGUCCAAGCUUCUCCCAGUGUGCUUUGCUGAGAAGAUCCUCAGAGUUUACUGUAAGAACUCAGCCAGUCUGAGAGAUGCUAAGUUCUGCUUUCAAAGCUGGUGUCACGAAAAUGACUUUCUAACUGAGGAUCGAGACAGAGCAACUCCAUGAAAUGAAGAUGUGAAACACUGAGAAAUGUAUUUUUUU